AUGCCAUCCUAUUUCUGUACAGGAUUUCUUCCUUUCCUUCACGUUUUGCAGGAACAAAAAAAAGAGGUCCAACCUAAUGGAAAACUUCCUGGCGCGAACGACGCGCGCGGCGGCAACUGUUCCCUCCCUUUUUUUCGCUCGGCCGCUUCACUCACCUGCGCACAAAUAGAGAGAGGGAGGGGAAAAGAAGCAAAAUCGACAUGUCCAGCCGCCCCUCCUCUCCUCACACAGAGCGGCGCAGCUCCAACCUUGAAGAUCGACCGGCAGGGAGGACGGCGGCAGACGGCCGCGCGACGCGACCACAUCCAGGCGGCGGGCAGGAACCACCGGCAAGCUGGAGCAUCUACCGUCGACCAGCUAGCCACCAAGCCCCAGCGGCAUCCAUCUGCCGCAAGUCUCUUCAGUUUCUUCAGAUGGAUGAUCAAGGCAGGAUGAUAGACUUUGGUAUUCAAGGCCAUGAGUUCAGUCAAAGGACUACAAUACCUUGUCCAAAUAUUGGUCACCAUCAGGACAAUGGACUUGAUGACCUGGAGUUUACUCAAGGAGCUACAGGACACCAAACAAAUAUUGGUCAGGACAAUGGACUUGAUGACUUGGAGUUCAGUCAAAGGAUCAUAGGACGCCGUCCUAAUUUUGGUACGCUGCAGCGUUGUGAUGACCUCGACUUUGACCAAAGGAGUGCAAGGCAGCAUGAGGAUAGUGCUCUUUGCUUUGCAGUUUCAAAGUCCAAAAAGAGUCUUCCUAGAGCCAAGUGGAGUCACCAAAUGAAGCUAUAUCUUAUUCAACAGCUGAAAGAUUUUAAUGUCCCAGGUUAUAGAACUCAGAAUGCAUGGAGUAAAGAGGCAUGGAAUAAGAUUGUGGAUAACAUAAACAAAAAGUUUGGCUUGUCACUAGAUGUUAAAAAAGUGAAACAAAAGGAACAGGAUCUGAAGAAAGACUUCCGCACUGUGAAAGAGUUGGCAGCUGAGAGUGGCUUUGGUUGGGACCGUAUCGGAAUGAAAGUUGUUGCCCCAGAUGCCGUUUGGGAAUCAUUUGCGGAGCGUCGUAACACGGAUGCACUCAUAUGGAGAGACAAACACUUUCCAUAUUAUGAUGAUUUAUUUGCAUUGUAUGAAGGACGGUAUGCUGAAGGAAGGAAUAGGCGUGGCAUGGACUAUUAUGCAGAUAGGGAUAAAGAACCAUCACAAACCAAAUUUGCAGAAUCACAAGGGACCAAUGAUUAUGAUGGAUCACCCUCACCUAAUAUAAAUGUUGCUGAUUUUCCCAUUGAAGAAGAAGGUGAGAAAGACACUUCUGAUUUUCCCCAGCAGCAAUGCCCAUCAAGGCGCUCCACACAAAUGAAUUCUCAGUUUGUGAAAACACCGGAAAUGUGUGGAGCAAGACCCACAAAGAGGCAGAAAAAUAGUGAUUUUCAAGAGAAGUACUUGAAGCUCAAGAAAGAAGAAAUUGAACGGUUUGCAGCUAUUGAGGAGAAGAAGCUUGAGGAUCCCUAUAGCAUCAGUAGGUGUGUCACAACACUUGAACGUCUACCUGGUCUACAAAUGGCUGAUAUGGUGAUGGCUGCUGAUAUCUUCAAAAGCAAGGAGAAUAGAGAGCUUUUCCUAUCGUUUUCUACGGAUGAACCAAGGUUAGCCUGGCUCAAAAGGCAGAUUGGGCAUAUCUAAACAUAUUACUUGCAGGCUGCUAGGUAGUAUUUUGGCAUAGCACUUAAGAUGCGUGGAGUCUUUUGUUGGACGCAAACAAAGUGUGUGGCUAUCUAGGUUGUAUUUUGGUAGAAUUACUUGAAGUAGAAAGCUGAACUAGGGAGUAGAAGUACGUGGCUGGGUAAUAUUUUGGUAGAACUACUUGCUGCAGAAAAUGAAAGAGCAAGCAUGUAGUAGUUGCAGAAAACGAACAUGGCAUCUAGUACUUUGCUUUAAUGAAU